AGUCUAGCAGGCGAGGGCCUGAUAGCGGGAGGUACGAUACGGCAACGCCAUGAGCAGCGGGUAUUGUGUGAUUUGGAAUGGCGUUGGUGGUAUAGAAGCGCAAUCGACGCUCUCAACAGCCUGUUGAUCUUGAAAGCUGUCCAGACAUUCACCCCAAGCACCCACCCCCAAGAUGCCCUUCUCCGCCGACCCCCAGAUCCGCGAGACCAGCACCGGCCUCGUCAGCACCCUGCGCGCCGCCGCCGCCCAGCCAACCCAAGAAUUCCGACCCGCCCACGCAAAAGGCCACCUACUCACCGGCACCUUCACCCCCACCCCCGCCGCCUCCUCCCUCACCACCGCGCCACACUUCAACCUCCCCUCCGUGCCCACCACAAUCCGCUUCUCCUCGUCCACGGGGCUGCCGCAGCUCCCCGACACCGACCCCGCCGGCAACCCGCACGGCAUCGCGAUCCGGUUCCACCUGCCCGAGGCGGGCGGGCGGCGGCGGCACACGGAUAUGAUUGCGCACUCGACGCCGUUGUUUCCCGUGCGCACGGGCGGGGAGUUUCUGGAGUUUCUGAGGGCGGCGGGCGGGGCUGAUGCAAGUACUGCCGUGCCUGAGUUUUUGGGGAGGCAUCCGGAGACGAGGCGGUUUUUGGAGGCGGGGAAGCCGAGUCCGGUGUCUUUCGCCACGGAGCGCUUCUUCGGCGUCAACGCAUUCCGGUUCCUCCGCGACGGCACGACGACAACACUACGGUACCGCAUCGAGCCCGUAGCAGGGGCCGCGCACCUCGACGCCUCCGCGCUGGCGGGCCGGGCUCCAGACUGGCUAUUCGACGAGCUGAACGCGCGGGUAGCCGCCGGGCCCGUCGAGUUCCGCCUCUUGGCUCAGAUAGCGGCGGACGGGGACACAACGGACGACGCGACGGUGCUGUGGCCCGAGGACCGGGCGGUCGUGCAGCUGGGCACGCUGCGGGUGGAAGGUGUGCUGGGCGAUGCGGAGAGCAGGGCCGCGCAGAAGCAGGUCAUUUUCGAUCCGAUUCCGAGGGUCGAGGGUGUCGAGGUUAGUGAUGAUCCGCUGCUGGAGGUUAGGGCGAAUGUGUAUUUGGCGUCGGGGCAGCAGAGGAGGGCCGCGUGAGGGGGUGGAGGGAGGGGUUGGUAAGGCG